GACUCCCAAUCAUCGAAAAGCAGUUGGCUCUGCAGCGGUUCCGUAGGAUGCGUGCUGCCGUGCCCGGCAAAGUGGAAUAUCCUACAUGUCUCCAAAGCCGAAAAAACGUCGAUUUUGCACGGUCGGGGACGGUCGUAAGGCAAUCCCAUCGACUUGCAAACAGCUACCACCGCAUUAGCUUCGUCGCUUGCAUAUUCGAGUCGUUGCUUUUUGGCGUGUUCUGCAUGGCAACGACGACGGCCUUUCGAAAGUCUUCGGCCGCUGCUGCUUGGUGUGGCCGUCGCCGACUGUAUAUAAUCGCCUUCACGGAGGAGGCGUACGAUGAAACGACUCUAUCGACCGCCGUUUCGCCGGUGCGUCUCAAAUGGUAUCCCGCUGCAUGGAGUGGAAACCGGGUCAGUGUACCGGUAGGAACCCACCAUACGUGCGGCCACUGA